AUGACAUUUACACCGUGUUCUCUUCUUUUCUCUCUUUUCUUCUUUUUCUUCUUCUUCUUCUUUUCUUCUUCUUCUUCUUCAUUUUCGAUCAAAUUUCAUCUUUUUCUUAUAAUCGUUUUCUUUGUUCUUUUUGCUUCUUUAUUUUUUGUAUUUUCAUUCCUUUCCAUUUUCCCUCAAAUUUCUCCUUUUUUUUUAACUGCUUUCUUUCUUUCUUUCUUUCUUUCUUUCUUUCUUUCUUUCUUUCUUUCUUCUUCUUUGCAUUUUCUUUCCUUGGUAUUUUUAAUCAUAUAUCUCUUCUUUCUUUCUUUCUUUCUUUCUUUCUUUCUUUCUUUCUUUCUUUCUUUCUACUUUUUUACAUUUUUUUCCUUGGUAUUUUUACUCAUAUUUCUUUUCUUUCUUUCUUUCUUUCUUUCUUUCUUUCUUUCUUUCUUUCUUUCUUUCAUUUUCUUUCCUUGGUAUUUUUUCAUAUUUCUCUUCUUUCCUUCUUGGCUUCUUUGUUUCUUUCUUUCUUUCUUUUUUCUUUUUUCUUUCUUUCUUUUCUUUUGUUUCUUUCUUUCUUUCUUUCUUUGGCAUCUUUAUCAUUUCUCCCUUUUCUUUUUAACUGUUUUGUUUUGUUUGUUCUUUCUUUCUUUUCUUUCUUUCUUUCUUUCUUUCUUCUUCGUCUUCUCUUUUGUAUGUUCUUUCCUUUGCAUUUUUACACACAUUUCUCCCUUCCCUCUUAAACAUUGUCUUUGCUCAUUCCUCUUCUUCUUCUUCUUCUUCUUCUUGUUCUUCUUCUUCUUCUUCUUCUUCUUCUUCUUUUCUUCCUCCCCCUCCUCCUGCUUCUUCUUCUUAUUUUGUUUGCUGAUGAGGAUGAUUUCUCAUGUUGUUUUCCCUCUCCAUUCUUCGCUUUCGAUUUGGACCGAAGUUUAUUGUCCAGUUUUCACUGUCCCUCUUUUUUUUGUUUUUCUUUUCUUUUCUUUUUCGUUUUUCUUUUCUUUUCUUUUCUUUUUCGUUUUCUUUUCUUUUUGCUUACUUUUAAUUCCUACUACGAUAUCGAUCCGGCAAUCAUUCCGAAUUGUCUUCUAUAAUAUACGCUUCUUUCUUUUAUUCAUUCAUUCUUUCUUUUCUUUCUUUCUUUCUUUCUUUCGUUCUUUCUUUCGUUCUUUCUUUCUUUCUUUCUUCAUUAAUAGGCUACUUUUAUUCAUUCAUUCAUUACAUCUUUCCUGCAAUCUCCUUUUCUUUCUUUCUUUCUUUCUUUCUUUUUUUCAGUUCUCCUUUUUUCUUUCUUUUUUCUUUCUUUCUUUCUUUCUUUCUUUCUUUCUUUCUUUUCAGUGCUACUUUUAUUCAUUCAUUCAUUACAUCUUUCCUGCCAUCUCCUUUCCUUUCUUUCUUUCUUUCUUUCUUUUAUUCUUUCUUUCUUUCUUCAUUAAUAGGCUACUUUUACUCAUUCAUUCAUUACCUCUUUCCUGCAAUCUACUUUUCUUUCUUUCUUUCUUUCUUUCUUUCUUUCUUUUCAGUGCUACUUUUAUUCAUUCAUUCAUUACAUCUUUCCUGCAAUCUCCUUUUCUUUCUUUCUUUCUUUCUUUCUUUCUUUCUUUCUUUCUUUCUUUCUUUCUUUCUUUCUUCCUGAAUAGGCUACUUUUAUUCAUUCAAUCAUUACAUCUUUCCUGCAAUCUCCUUUUCUUUCUUUCUUUCUUUCUUUCUUUCUUUCUUUCUUUCUUUCUUUCUUUCGUUCUUUCUUUCUUCCUGAAUAGGCUACUUUUAUUCAUUCAUUCAUUACAUCUUUCCUGCAAUCUCCUUUUUCUUUAUUUCUUUCUUUCUUUCUUUCUUUCUUUCUUUUCUUUCUUUUUUUUCUUUUUUCUUUCUUUCUUUCGCUACUUUUAUUCAUUCAUUCAUUACAUCUUUCCUGCAAUCUCCUUUUCUUUCUUUCUUUCUUUCUUUCUUUCUUUCUUUCUUUCUUUCCAGUGUUAUUAUCGGGCCUUGUUCCCCCCUCUCACUUUCUUUCUACCUUCAUUCAUUGAUUUCUUGAUAACCCUUCUUACUGACAACUUUUCUCCGUUCGACUUUUUCCCUCUUCCACAAUUUCUUUUUCUUUUUUUCUUUUUUUUUUUUUUAAAGAUUAGUCUUCCCGUUUUCCCCUUCAUCUCUCUUAGGAAACAUUUCACGCCCCCCCUCCCCAACCCCACAACACACAUACCUCUCUCUGCUUCUCUCCCACUUAUGUUCUGA